UUGUUCAUCUGCCUUGACUUUUCUUUUAGUCUCUUCAAGGCUGACGAAACUCUACCCAAACAAAUCAUCAAAGGGAAGUUUGUAGCCAGAAGGAUCUGCAGUGGUAUAGUUUAUUAUUACACUCCGAUCACAGCUGCUGGGAACCAGACAGUGUACCCUGCCAAAGACUCUCAGCCCCCUGCAACUCUUUGCCCUGUGCCAUCCAUUUCCGCCUCAGCUAGGCCUGUCAGCGACUCUGCAGAUAGGUCUUCUUCUCCCUUGCUCUCAGAAACACCUCAACAAACGGCUGUGCCUUUUCAAAAGCAGUCAUGUUGUGCCUCCGCUACCCGUCCACUUCUCCUCUUCUUCUCCUGGCUCGGGGCCCAGCCGGGGGCUUUUUCCAAGUACAGAGAUCUCUACCUGGACCAUGGCAUGGAUGUCCUCCUGGUCCAGAGCAGCGUUAUGCACUUCCUGUGGCCCAGAUGGGGACUCAACUAUGGGCUGAAGGUUUUGGACAUCCUGCAGGAGCCUCCAUUCUCAGGGAGAGCCAUCCUGGUCCACGCCUCCUCCAUCGGUGGCUACACUUUUACACAGGUGCUCACCCACAUUGCCCAGGAACCGAAAAAAUACGCCACUUUGUCAAAAAGGGUCGUAGGACACAUCUACGACAGCCUUGUGGUCGGCUCGCUGGAUCACAUGGCAACAGGCCUUGGCAAGACUCUUGUACCACGUUUAGAAGGCUUCAUCAAAAACACCGCCAUGCUCUACUUCUGGCUUUUCAAAUCCCACACAGCUGACAUCUAUGAGAAUGGGAUCCAAGUGUUUUACAACAGCCCAAUUACCUCUCCAGCCCUCUUCUUCUUCUGUGAAAACGACGCCAUGUGCAACCUGACUGUCAUGGAAAAGCUGAUUGACCACUGGAGGCGGAGGGGCGUGAAUGUGGACAUCAGGAAGUGGAAGGAGUCCACACAUGCAGCCCACCUGCGAUGCCACCCAGAAGAGUACCUCUUUGCACUGCAACGCUUCUUGAACUCGCUGCACACUUCCCCCCUGUGA